AUGCCGGCGAUCCAUUCUCGAUCUCCUCCGCCCGCCCUCCUCCCCUCGACCCCUAGCGCGCCCCACUGGACCAGAUCGACGCCGCAUCCGCCCUCCUUCCCCACGACCUCGCCCCAGCUCCGGCGCUCCAUCCCGGCCGCCUACCGACCCACCCCGACCUCACCACCGCAGCCUCGCCGAAUCGCUCGCCAACUCGCCUCCAAUCGACCUUCAAACCGCGUCGCCGCGAAAUCCCGCCUCGCCGCCGGCCGUGUGCAAGAUUUCGAUCUCCGGUGCGGUUCUCGGUUCCACGGCGACCGACGACGGUUUCUUGGUUUCUUGGCGGCGGUUGCUCGCUCGCAGCGGCCGUGGAGCGCGGAGCUUCCGCCGGCGUACCCGCAGCCUCGGGGUGGUGUACGGCGACGUGGCCACGGCGCCGCUCUACGUCUUCAAGAGCGCCUUCGCCGGCGGGGACAUCGAGCAUUAGGCGGGAACGAGGAGAUCUACGGCGUGCUCUCCCUCGUCUUCUGGACGUUGACCCUCAUCCCGCUCAUCAAGUACGUCUUCCUCGUGCUCCGCGCCGACGACCACGGCGAGGGCGGCACCUUCGCGCUGUACUCCCUCAUCUGCCGCCGCGUCCGUGCCGGCCUCCUCCCGGGCGGCGGCGGCGAGCUCGCCGUGCAACCGCGCGAGGGCGCGGCGCUCCGACUCUCAAGGGUGCGCACCGCCCUGGAGCGGCACAGGGUCCUGCAGAGGCUGCUGCUCCUGCUCGCCCUCCUCGGGACCUGCAUGGUCAUCGGCGACGGCAUGCUCACCCCUGCUGUCUCCGUGAUCUCCGCGGUGUCCGGGCUCAAGCUCUCGCUGGACAAUAAGCAGCACGAAUAUUUGAAGAGAUAUUUUGUGCCCAUUGCUAGUAGCAGCCAAUCUAAACCAAACACCAACGAGGAAACUGCAAAUGUUAUGCCAAAUCAAGCUGAAGAGCAAGUGGAAGAAGGGACCGGAAAUAGCUCUAACCCGAGCACCCAUGAAUGUGCGAGUGAUGUAGCACACCAAGAACAAGAGCAAGAACAGGAAGUGGAAGGAGGUCAGGGGAGUUCAGAGCAUGUGGUUCUAGAAGCUGGAGAUGAAUCCCGUGAUAUAUCCGUGAAAGAGCAAAUGGCCGUGGUUGUGAGGUAUGUGAACAAAAGUGGAGAUAUUAUUGAAAGAUUUUUGGGUAUUCAACAUGUCCCAAACACAACAUCUCUAGCUUUGAAGAAGGCACUUUUGGAGGUUUUCGCUAAACACGAUCUCCUUAUUGCAAGACUACGAGGGCAAGGGUAUGAUGGAGCAUCUAAUAUGAGGGGAGAAUUUAAUGGACUUCAGAAAUUAAUCCGUGAUGAGAACCCAAAUGCUUUUUACGUUCAUUGCUUUGCUCAUCAGUUGCAGCUGAUUGUUGUUGCUUUAUCGAGAUGCUGCAAAGGUCUUGAGGAUUUCUUUGAUGAUGUGAAAGAGAUUGCCAAUCUCUCUAGUUCAUCUUGUAGGAGGAAGGAUAUAUUGCUUGAUAAGCACAAAGAGAUUCUUCUAUCUAAGAUCAAGAAAGGUGAAAUGCCCACGGGAAGGGGAAAAAAUCAAGAAACAUCUUUGUGCCGUCCUGGAGAUACAAGGUGGGGUUCUCACUACACAACCUUAUGUCGUAUUGAAUCAAUGUGGGAUGCAGCGAUAGAAAUUUUGAGCAUUGUUGAGUAUGAUUCUCGUAAUCCAACUAAGGCAGGAGGAUAUGUUCAUAAAAUGGAGACUUUUAGUUUUGUGUUCCACAUGAAGAUGAUGUUAAGAUUACUUCGUAUGACAAAUGAUGUAUCUCUUCUAUUGCAAAAGAAGGAUCAGAAUAUUGUGCAGGCCAUAUCUUUGGUUACGGAUGUGAGAACACUUUUAGUCAAUUGGAGAGAUCAUGGUUGGGAUUCACUCUUGGAAGAUGUCAAAUCAUUUUGCAUUGAAAAUGAGAUCAUAAUCCCAAGUAUGGACACCAUGGUAACAAAAUGGGGUAGAACAAGAAAAGGGGGAAAACACGCAGUCAGCACUGAUCAUUUUUAUCGUGUUGACACCUUUUAUGUUGCCAUAGACUCUAUUAUCACAGAGUUUGAUCAUCGAUUUAAUGAGGCAUCUUCAGAGGUUAUUCAGAAUUUCUCUUGUCUUGAUCCAAGAGACUCAUUUGCUAGGUUCAAUGUGAGUAAGCUUACUCGUCUUACAGAGAUUUAUCGUGAUGAUUUCUCGGAUUAUGAGCGAGACCAUAUAGAAGAUUCCCUUAAGCUAUUCCUUGUUCAUAUGAAGAGAGUUGAAGAUUUCAGAGUUUGUAUUGACAUUGCAAGCCUAGCAAAAAAGAUGGUUGAACUUGAAAGGCACAUCAUGUUUCCUACAGUUUACCGCCUUAUUGAGUUGGCAAUGCUUUUACCGGUGGGGACGGCAACAGUUGAAAGGGCAUUCUCAGCUAUGAAGAUUAUCAAGACUGAGUUGCGCAACAAGAUGUCAGAUGGUUGGCUUAAUGAUUUGAUGGUGUGCUACAUCGAGCGAGGGAUAUUCAAAAGUCUUGAUCUUGGUGAAAUUAAAAAAGAUUUUCAAAAGGAAGGUAGAGCUUUGCCAUUGCCUGGAGCUUCUAGACGGCAUUAA